AUGGGCGACCAAAUCAAAGAUGUGCAGGACUUCCAGUCCCACGCCCUCCUGUCUGCAGCCAAAUUCGGAGCCCUCAGCGGAACUGCUGGCCUGAUUUAUGGAGGAGCCGCUGGAGUUAUCAGAUCCCCCAAUCCCAUGAUUCAUUCAUUGUCAUGUGGCAUCCACUGGUUUGCAUGCGGCUCAGCCUUUUGGUGGCUGCGGAGCAACAUCAUUAAACAUCAUUAUCAAGAUAAAGCCUCGUUGAACGAGCGCAAGUACGCGAGUGCUUUAUGCGGUGGCAUCGCCGGCGGAAGUGUAACCAAGUUGAUGGGAGGCCGGCUGGUUCCGGGGGCUAUCAUUUUCUCAUUACUGGGCUACUGCGGCCAGAGCGUCUUCAACCGAGUGGACGCGUGGCAGAUGGAAAAUGCACACAAGACAUCAAAACCUCUGAUGCAGCGAAUGGCUGAAUCUAAAUGGGUCCCACUCCGCACACUCUCUGACGAAGAAUAUAGGGGGAUGUUGAGUGAAAAGCUGCUUAGCAUCGAGGCUGAGAUUGCUCUUCUUGACGAUAAGAUCGAGGAACUGGAGAAGUCUCGACCAGUCUCUGCUUCAAGCUCAAAGUAA